AUGAAGUUCACCAUCUUCGCCUCCGUCCUGGCGGCUGCUUCCCCUGUGCAGGCAGUCACCACCCCAGAACAAAGAAAAGGUAAUCUUACCAUUGCCCUGUUCGCGGACAGCCAGGCCGACUCGUGCGGCGCCAACGACAUCAGCAACGCAAUCUCCUUGACCACAAAUUCGAUUCCCGUCAGCUUCACAUGCUUCAACGUCCUCGACACCUUCUCGCGCAGCAAUAAUAGCACCACUGGAUUCCAGCCUGGAGCGGCCAAUUAUCACGACGACGGCGAACAGCGCAACGGUGUCGCCUGGCUUCUUCAAAACAAGCAUCUGUACGAUGGCAAUGCCAACUACAGCCGCGUCUGGUACUCGCAAGUCAACACUUCCAGGGUCGAUCCAGGCAAGGCCGGGAAGUGGGUGUUUUACACGUACGCGCUCCCCAACUGUGAGCAGCUCGCAAAGGGUCGACCGUCGAGGCCAAACGACCACCCGUGGUAUGAGACGAGCUGCCAGACGAGCGUGGACGGACAGUGUAGGGUGACGGCGGGGCCCAUCGUCAGCUUCGCCAUCAACACGGCCGUUGGUUACAAUCCGGCGCAUGACGGUUGCGCGACAUGGGGCAAGUUGGGCGCGGCAUCUUCACUGAGGCAGGGUGCUGGCACGAGGGUCCUCACUGUCGUCAGCGUCAUGGCGAUAUGGCUCCUGAGUUAA